AUGGCACAAUUCGUUCUAGAUUUGGUCUAUUCCCUAGGGAACUGUCUGAAUUGUUUCCCCGGUUCGCCGACACUGAAGAUUAACAGCCGGAGCUUCAAGAUCCUCCGUCUUCUUGGCGAGGGCGGCUUCUCAUACGUGUACCUCGUUGAAGAUGCAGCCACGCACGAGCUCUUCGCGCUCAAGAAGAUCCGAUGUCCGUUUGGCGCCGAGUCUGUGCAACAGGCGAUGCGCGAAGUCGACGCCUACCGACUCUUUGCACACAUCCCUACCAUCAUAUCGGCCGUCGACCACGCCGUGGCUACGGAACGGGGCGCCGACGAGGCCACCAAGACGGUCUACGUGCUGCUGCCGUACUACCGUCGCGGCAAUCUCCAGGACAUGAUCAACGCGAACCUCGUCAACAGGGGCAGCUUCCCCGAGCGCCAUCUCAUGACCCUCUUCCUGGGCGUGUGCAAGGCCCUCCGCUCCAUGCACGAGUACCAGGCGCCCCCUGCGGAGCGCAUGGAGAUGGGCAACGAGGAGGACGUUCCCGGCGCGAACAGCCGCAGCGGCACGGGCAGCAAGAUGGGCACGCGGGGCAAGCGCACCGAGGCAGACGAGGAGGAGGACCAGGAGCGGCCGCUCAUGGAGUCGGAGAACCGCGUCUCGGCGGCGGGCGGCCGGGUCCGGGCCUCUUCCCCUGCGGAGCGCAUGGAGAUGGGCAACGAGGAGGACGUUCCCGGCGCGAACAGCCGCAGCGGCACGGGCAGCAAGAUGGGCACGCGGGGCAAGCGCACCGAGGCAGACGAGGAGGAGGACCAGGAGCGGCCGCUCAUGGAGUCGGAGAACCGCGUCUCGGCGGCGGGCGGCAGGAUCCGGUCCUAUGCCCACCGCGACAUCAAGCCCGGCAACAUCAUGAUUGACGACUCGGGCUCGACCCCGAUCCUCAUGGACCUCGGGUCCGUGGCCCCGUCACCCAUCCCCGUGACGUCGCAGUCGGUCGCGCUCCAGAUCCAGGACACGGCCGCCGAGCACUCCACCAUGCCCUACCGCGCGCCGGAGCUCUUCGACGUGCACACGGGGUCCGUCAUCGACACCAAGACGGACAUAUGGUCGCUGGGCUGCACCCUCUACGCCUGCCUGGUCGGCAAGUCCCCCUUUGAGAUGCGCUCCGACGAGACGGGCGGCACGCUGAGCCUCUGCGUCCUCGGCGGAGACUGGCGCUUCCCCGACGAGACACCCGGCGGUGCCAAGCGCGUCAACACCAUCAGCCAGGCCAAAGCCCGCGCCGCAUCGGGCGACCACUCCGCAGCGAGCGCCUCGGAGGCCCCGAAUCCCACCAUCAGCGAGCCCAUUCGGAACAUUGUCAGGCAGUGCUUGAAGGUGGAACCUGCCGAGAGGCCGGAUAUAAAUGAACUGAUUUCCAUGGUGGAGGGUGUCAUUGAAGAUCUUCCCGAUGAGGGGGGCCUGUAA